AUGCGGGAAAUUUGCAAAUCUUGCAAAAGAGAUGUCACUUCUUCUCUACAAUUCUUACGAAUCUCAACCAUGGUGUCCUCACGGCGUCGGCGACAGGGACGGACUGAAAGAAAAAAAAUUCAAAAUAGAACUUUCUCUUCCUCUUCACCGCUGUAUUUCUUUCUCUUCCUCUUCACCGUCACCGUCACUCGUCUUCACAUCCUCCUCCAUAAUUGCCGGCGCCGUCCACCUUCUCCGACCACUCAUCUUGACAUCGUCUUCCACAAAAGGAUGAAGAAAUUUUUUCCUGUGCUUUCUAGAGACAAAGCUAGUUCUUCGGCUACCGUAGAAGCAACAGAAAUUCAACAUCCAAGUGAGGGUAGUAAAGUUGUUGAUUAUGAAUUGUUGGAAACGGAUCCAGGAAUUAAGCCUCCAAUUUCAAACUAUCAUCCUGACAUUCAAAAUGAGGUACGAAAAGCUUAUUUAAAAAUAGGUCGCCAUAAACCCCCUCACAAUUUCGCUUAUACUUGGUCUGUUCAAGGUAGUCAAAGACGUCGAUUUUCAAAAAAUUGGUUUGAUUUGUAUGAUUGGAUUGAAUAUAGUGAAUCUAAGGACCUAGCAUUUUGUUUGCCAUGCUUUUUGUUUAAAAAUGUCUCUAAAUACGGGGGGGAUCACUUUGUGGGAGACGGAUUUGGUGAUUGGAAGAAUGCUCACAGAUUGGCUAAGCAUGCUACUUCUUGCAAUAGUCAUAUUGAUUGUGUGCAUAUGGGUUAUGCUCUCAUGAACCCAAUCCAAAGUGUUAAGGCUGCGUUUGUUAAGCAAACUAAGCAAGAGAAUGCCGAUUAUCGUGUUCGUAUAAACACAUCUCUUAUAGCUAUCAAGUAUCUUUUGAGGAGUGCUAUGCCAUUUAGAGGGAAUGACGAGAAACAUGACUCUCCAUUUAAGGGGCCAUUUCUUGAGUUGGUAGAGACUUUAAAGGAAGCUAACCCAGAAAUAGCUAGUGUACUAGAUCGUGCUCCGAGGAAUAACUAUAUGACUGCCCCUAGGAUACAAAAGGAUCUUGCUUCCGCUUGUGCUUAUGAUUUUAUCUUCAUGUUAUAUAUGUUGGUUGAAAUAUUAGGAUUUACAAAUGAUUUGGGUGUAGCACUACAAAAGCGUGAUCAAGAUCUUAUCAAUGCUUUGUCACUUGUCAAUGCCACCAAACAAGAAUUACAAGAAAUGAGAGAGGAUGGAUGGGAAGAACUUAUAUCAAAGGUUAUGAAAAUUUGCAUUAAGCAUGAUAUUGAUGUGCCUGAUAUGGAUGCACCGUAUAGGGCGCGAAAGAAACCUAGACAAUCUACAACUUCUGGUGUUUCUAAUUUACAUCAUUAUAAGCAUGAUUGUUUGUUUAGUGUUUUAGAUUUGCAGUUACAUGAGCUCAAUGCAAGGUUUGAUGAAGAGAAUACUGAACUUUUACAAUGUGUUUCAUGCUUGAGUCCCUCAUCGUCAUUUGCAAGGUUUGAUGCCAAAAAACUAUUGAGGAUGGUUGAGUUUUAUCCAAAUGAUUUUGUAGAUGUGCCGGAAGUGGUAUUGCGACAUCAACUUCAGACUUAUGUUAGAGAUGUUCGAGAGGACAAAAAUUUUGCAAAGUUAAAAGGACUUUCAGAUCUUUGUGCAAAACUUGUGGAAACAAAUAAGUGCAACACAUAUAAUUUGGUUUAUAAGCUUUUGAAGCUGGCUUUAGUCUUGCCGGUAGCAACUGCAAGUGUGGAACGCGUUUUUUCAGCUAUGAAUUUAGUAAAGAGUCUGCUAUGUAACAAAAUGAGUGAUGAAUGGUUAAAUAAUCGUCUUGUAACUCUUAUAGAAAGAGAUGUUCUUGCAACAAUUGAUAAUGAUGUCAUUUUAGAUCAUUUUCAACAAAUGGAUGGUAGACGGUUUUCGUUGUAAA